AUGGGAGUGAAGGUUAAUGGUUGGCAGCUACACCAUUUGCGCUUUGCUGAUAUCGUACUGAUAACACGUAGCAUCAGCCAAACGGAACGAAUGAUGACCGAAAACAUGUGGAUGCAUCGGUCUUCAGCUGAAUCUACAAAAGACGAUGCAGGAUGGGUGGGCCUCGAAUACCCCAUUCACGCUCAACGGAACAAACAUAUCCGAAUGCACCAGCUACAUUUAUUUGGGUCGGGAAUUGAACAUGAUGAACGACCUGACCCCCGAGCUGGGCAGGAGAAGAUGAGCGGCUUGGGGAGCGUACAAGAGCAUCGUGGAUGUAGUGAAGAAGACUAG